AUGUCCAGUCUUUACAGACAUCAGAGGCUUCACACGGGUGUGAAGCCGUAUACCUGUCCUGAGUGCGGAAAAUGUUUUUCACUGAAUUCAAACCUUGUCAUACAUCAAAGAUCUCAUGCAGGCGAGAAGCCUUAUUCCUGUCCUGAGUGUGGAAAAUGUUUUUCAAACAAAUCAAACCUUUUUAGACAUCAGAGAUUUCACACAGGGGAGAAGCCUUAUUCAUGCCCUGAGUGCAAAAAAUGUUUUACGCAAAAAUCAGACUUAGUUAUACAUCAGAGAUCUCACACGGGGGAGAAGCCAUAUUCCUGUCCUGAGUGCGGUAAAUGUUAUACACAGAAAUCCGACCUGGUUAAACAUCAGAGAUCCCAUACAGGUGAGAAGCCGUACUCUUGUCCUGAGUGCGAUCAAAGAUCUCACACAGGCGAGAAACCAUAUUCUUGUCCUGUGUGUGGGAAAUGUUUUUCACAGAAAUCAGACCUUCUAAUACAUAAACGAUCUCACACAGGCGAGAAGCCAUAUUCCUGCCCUCAGUGUGGCAAAUGCUUUGCAGAGAUGUCCAGUCUUUACAGACAUCAGAGGCUUCACACGGGGGAAAAACCGUAUUCUUGUCCUGAGUGUGGGAAAUGUUUUUCACUGAAUUCAAACCUUAUCACACAUCAGAGAUCUCACACGGGGGAGAAGCCAUACUCCUGUCCUGAGUGCGAAAAAUGUUUUUCAAAAAAAUCAAACCUUUUCAGACAUCAGAGAUCUCACACAGGGGAGAAACCAUACUCUUGUCCUGAGUGCGGGAAAUGUUUUUCAGAGAUGUCCACUCUUUCCAAACAUCAAAGGAUUCACACAGGUGAAAAGGUUCAUUCCUGUUCUGAGUGCGGGAAAUGUUUUUCAAAGAAUUCAGAAAUGGUUAAACAUCAAAGAUUUCACACAGGCGAGAAGCCUUAUUCCUGCCCUGAGUGUGGAAAGUGUUUUUCAGACAUAUCCAGUCUGUACAGACACCAGAGAAUUCACACGGGGGAAAAGCCGCAUUCCUGUCCUGAGUGCGGGAAAUGUUUUUUACAGAAUUCAGACCUGGUUAAACAUCAAAGAUGUCACACGGGUGAGAAGCCUUAUUCCUGCCCUGAGUGCGGGAAACAUUUUGCAGAGAAGUCUGCUCUUAACAAACAUCAGAAGAUUCACACGGGCGAGAAGCCAUAUUCCUGCCGUGAGUGUGGGAAAUGUUUUUCAGAGAGAUCUAAUCUUUACAGACAUCAGAAGAUUCACUCUGGGCAGAAACCACAUUCCUGCCCUGACUGCGGGAAAUGUUUUUUGGAGAGAUCAAACCUUGUUGUACAUCGAAGAUCUCAUAGACAGAAGAAGCUGUAUUCUUGCUCUGAGUGCGGGAAAUGUUUUUUACACUUGUCCAGUCUUUACAAUCAUCAGAAAUCUCACCUAGAGAAGAAGCUGUAUUCCUGUCCUGAGUGCAGGAAAUGUUUUACGCAGACAUCAGACCUUGUUAGACAUCAGAGAUCCCACACAGGAGAGAAGCCAUAUUCCUGCACUGAGUGCGGGAAAUGUUUUUCAGAGAAGUCCAGUCUUUGCAGACAUCAGAUGAUUCACACAAGGGAGAAGCCAUAUUCCUGUCCUGAGUGUGGGAAAUGUUUUUCAUCACAGACAUCAGACCUUGUUAGACAUCAAAGAUCUCACGUUGUAGAAGCCGUAAACCUGCCCUGA